CUUGAUCUCCUCAUUAUCCCGCGAGUAGAUUAGGAGGUCCAAGAGUUCUAUGGAAUCUGUACCAAUAGAUAUUAUCUUCAAUAUGCAGGAUUGUACUUCGGUUAUGUUGUGUAAUGACUUGAAAAUGGGGAGCUGCAGUUGUACAGGAUUAUGUUCGGUCGAUUCGAGCACUCUCAGCAUGUUUUCCAGAACUCCCGAACAUUUGGCAAUUUGCGACACAUUAUUGGCCCCACCUGCUGUUAUCCCUUCGAAGAUGGUGGCUUCUUUGACGCGAUGUACCAUCUCCUCCUCAUUCUGCUCUCCGCUCUCUCCGCUCUCUGCACUUCUGUUCCCCAGCAGUAAUAUGGCCAAAGUCUGGAGACUUUGUGGCUGCCAUGCUAAUUCGCUGUAGUAUUCAGGAACAUUCGCCAAGGCGUGGGCGGCGGAAUAUUGAAGGUUCGGAAUUUGCUUCUCCUUCAGCUUGCGCACAAGUACUUCACAUGCUCUCUCGAGAUCGAGAAAGCUGUUAUCGUUCUCUCUAAAGCCAGCGUCGUGGCUGCUUUGACUCUCACGUCUGCAUCCUCAUGGCUGUCCAUCAGGAUGACCAACUGGUCGAGAGCUCCUUUCCUUCGACAUUUAGCCUUCACCGAUGGGCCGUCGCGUGCGAGAACGUGCAAUGCGUACAGCGUGGCCUUGACAAACUCCGACUUUUCUCCCACGUUCAUGUGCAGCAGGUUCAGCAGCCUCAACAACUCCUGUGGAUAUAGGCCGAUCUGGGCCCCCAAUUUCUUCACGGCUGCCAGAAAAUAUAGAAUAUAUGCCGUAGUAUCACGGAUCCGGCCAUCGGCUUCCCAUCCCUCAUCCCGCCCUUCUUCGCUCAAGAGGCCCUCGAGGUCAUGGAGGAAUCCUGAUGAGUAAACAAGCAGAGUUUUGGUUUCUACAGGGGCGUUCUUCAAUCGUUACUUCAGAUCUAUGAGCGAGGCCGGGUCUCUGAAGACUAUCAAUCUGGUGACUGCUUGCCGAACGUGCUGGGCGAUUCGAAACAGAUCAUGGCAAGCCUCAAUCUUGCUCAGGAGAUCGGCGUGAUUGUUGCAGGUUUUGCUAGUCGGUUUGCACACUGAGAAGUGUUCUGCGUGGGCUCUCAUGUAAUGGUCACAAUCGUCGCCUCUCCAAGAUGCUUCCGGCACCAGCACGUCAUUUAUUUUCACUAGGUCCUGAAUCAAGGAGAAUCGUUUGCGUCAAUGAGAGGCCCACCAUCAUAGUCUAAAUUCGAAAGUCAUCAGAACACGAACAGAAUGACAUUGAUCGAGCGACCAGUUCAAAGUUAACUCACUGUCUGAUCAACACACGCAACGCACAAAGUGAAUACAUGAGCCAACGGCGUUGAAUCCAUACAUUUACUCAUCGAUCGGGGCCGACCAAGGAGGUCUGAAUGUUUAAUCUAAUGCGAUCAUGGCCCUAUGCUCGGGAUUUAAAUAGUAGAGACUCGAGGUAAGCGGAGAACACGGUCCUCGUAGUUCCCAUCCUUGAGUUUUUGUGUAUCCUGUUCGGGGAAAGACGGGCGAAACCGUCUGAGUAAGCACGUGAGGUGCGACCGCUCACCUCAUUUGGAAGGCAGCGUCCGGGUCUGCGAGAAUUUCAGAUCCAGGGGCUUUUACCGUUUUGUGAAUUUGUUUAGAUUCUUUCUGUGUGAUUUGCGGUUUGUGCCUUGUUAUUUGCCACUCUUGAAGAGGAAUUGGAUCUACCUUGCACCAGAUCUCCGUUCCGUCAUUGUUCUUGGCUGCACAACCGCUGAUUCCUGCGAGGAUUCGGGAUCUGUGUCGGAGUAUACCCGCCUGAUCAUGCUGGGUUCUUCACGGUUUCUCUCGAAGACUAGUGUCUGCAAAAGGGCACAAUGUAUUCGUGAGCAAUGUACUUCUCUUGAAAUAAACUUGAAUGUUGUUCCAAGGCUCAAAGUGUCGACAAGUAGUAGGAGAUAGGGUCCUGCCGAGGGACCAAAGAUUCUCGUCAAGAGAUUCGGAGUGGAACUUUGACUCUAAAUAUCGGGGUUCCACAGCCAUUCCAAGUUGGAGCUUUUGGUGCGAAAGGAAAGUAACAGCUGAAGCAGUCUAGAUUGUUGGAUGCCGUUCAGAGCUAGAUAUGCACACUAGGAACAGAGGAUGGUUGCUUCAGUGGAUUCUUCGAUAAUAUGAAUUUGUACGGUGGACCUGAGGUGAACAAGUCGUCUUGCACUUUGUUACCUCUUCUUCUACUGGCGCUUUGCAUCAGGAGCUGAAUUCAACUUGUAUAGGGCAGACUUAUGAACGAACUGCAAUCAAGGAGUGGCUGGACCGGGGUAGCACCUCGUGCCCGAUCACAAGGAAGGUGUGAAGAAGUUUGGAAAUGAUAUCGAACAAUCUGUUGAACAUGCAGGUUCUAAUGUAGCCCACAAAGUUUCUGAUCUGGCCCAUAAGGUGUUACAUGGGAAGGGAGGACAGACCAAAUCAGGUUGGUCGAAGUCUGGAAGAGGAGGAGUUUGUGAAAACGGAAUUGCUAAGGGUGAU